AUGAUGUACAGGAGCAAGCAGAGGGGCUUCCUGGAGCUCGGGACCUGGGUGGAGCAGGACGUCCGCUCCAUGGACGAGGCCAACAUCCGCUCCCUGCUCCAGAUCCUCGACCUCAAGAGGCUGCUGAAGGGCACACUCAAGAACAUGGGACUGCUUCAGAACAAGAAGCAUGUGCAAGUCUGGUGUAGACAAACAAGACAUCUGGACGAGAAGAAAAAGAAGUGCAAGGCUGGUAAGGUCGAGACUCAUCUUGAAUUCCCUGGACGUGAAAAGGUUAAAUUUGGUGAAGUUGUCGAAGCUCCACCAAAGUUAUCAUUCCCAAAGGGUUGA